CCAAAUAUGGUCUUGUGGUCGUACCGUAUCGUACGGUAGAAACAGUGUUGCUCGCUGAUGGACUGUGCUCGGUCGGUUGCGAUUCGUGAAGAUGCCCUGGUCCUCCACCGUGUGCAUUACGAGUACGUACGCUUUCGACAGCUCCAACAACCCAGGCUAAGAGCUUUUAGGAACAACAGCGCUCGGGUUCCAGAUUUCACCCUUUGCCGCAAGGGAUUCCACGGGUUUGUGGAGGGAACCCCCGAAGGCAGGCACCGAUCCCGAACGGAGGAACAGGUUGUGUUGACCAUACGGCAGCGUGCUCGCAAGCAUGGAAGGGGCAACGCGGAACGAAGAGUGGGAGACCGACGCAGAACAACAAGCGCGGCCCUUCGAUCUGCAAGACACAAUGGAAUCGAUGAUGCGGAUCACCUUUUGCGGACUGGGAGGCACCAUCGUUGGCCUGUCCCUCGAGAAGCGGCUGGAAGCCGCGAAGCUUACCACCGCCGAGGGCGUCGCGGCGGCCGCGAGACGAAAGCGCGGAAGAUUUGCCUCGUCCACCGCCCGCCAAUCGUCCCACCCCCUGUCCGUGACCUGGGCCGUGUCCUGCAUGGUGUUCUGUUCCGUCCUGGAGGCGUCGAGACUCGCCUCGCCGUCUGCCCUGCUCGCGAAGCAGGUUGGGUCGGCUUGCGGGACGCCGGUCCCGUUGCUCGGGGACGACCGGAAGACCGCGGGGUCCUCCGCCGCGAUUGCGGUGGCCGACUACUCCAUCGGGGGGGCCGUCGCCGGUGUGAUCUGCUCGUUUGGUCGCAGAAUGUACGCCCGGAAUUCCGCCAUGACCCUCCGCGGCCCCCGAAGGCUCGCUGGACUGCUCCCGGGGCUUGCCCUUGGAAUGGCUGCGGGGACGAUCCAGUCUGCGAUCAACUACGGUGCGGAGCGGUUGAAGGAAUCGAGUAGGAAGAACGGUUCGGAGUGAUUUCGAAGGGUGGGAAACGAGCAGAAAGGUCAUCCGACUUUGUGUCGGUACACGUCGUGCCGUGCCCACAAACCAGCUUGAAUGCUUUCCCCGGCUACGGUACAAUCAGCAUUGCAUUCAUUCAUCGGUUCCUCGACAGAAAAGAACCAAGACCGUGAUACUGGUGUACUCGUAUAGUAUAGUAUAGUAU